CCGGCCAUUUGGUUCAUCUCAAAAUACCCCAGUUGUGCUAUUUCCGUUGCCCAAUCCCACUUUCAGCCACGCAUAAUCGGUAUCCCCCCCCCUCGCCGGUUCACUUUCUUCUUCUUUAGCCUCGCUCUCUCAAAGAGCAAUUGGAAGGCUGUGGAUAAUUUCUUCACCGCUCAACUGUUUUAACUACCACCCGUCUUCCCUAAGUGUCGUGUCAGGUCCGUCCGCUCAGAUCCCCGGCGGCUCCACCAUUCAGCUUUGGUGUGUGGUGAAAUUGCCAAUGAGCUAAACGCUCACCACCGGCCGGCUUAUUAUUGAAGGGUUUAAACCUAAGAGGGAAAGGUUCACUGCCCUUUUACAUAGUCUAUUCUUCUGCUUCUAAAGCUGGCGGACACCGGCAGGGCCUGGUUUACUACCUCACCCCCUUGUCCUGUCAGAGCAUUCCCAAUGCCGGAGGGUAGCAGGACUUUACCUAGUAGGGAUCCAUGGUGUACCGGGUACUUCUCAUCAACCCUCAAUGUGCUAAGGUGCUUCCAUCAUCCCAGUCAAAGCAUUUUCCGUGACCCGCGUGGUCAUUCGAGUCAGGCUGCAUUUGCUGCUGCUCCUUAUAUGCAACCCGUAAGGCUCCAGAAGCAGAGGGCCAAGUCCCGACUUUUCUCAUUUGCAGGUACAUGUCAUCGCUAUAACCCCGUACCGCCUCGAGCAUGGGAUGAGGGAUCCACUAGUAGUCCACUUCUGGCUUCCAUGACAGAGCUGUUUCCACGAAGUUGGGACUCCAUACCUUGUGAGACCAUCGCCGCGUUACACCUGGCACUGCUGGAAGGAUCAUCUAUUGCACACUCGCCCUUUGCUUUUCGCCCACCGCUGGUUCUAACUAGUAUUAAAUAACUUAAUAUCCGUCACCCGCCAUGGAUACCUACGUCGGUUGGCUUGUUUCUAGCCUACUUCUAUCAGCUUUCUUUUCCUUCUCCUCCUCACGGUGCCAAGCUGAUUAUUAUUCACCUUUCCCGCCGUUGUCGUCGUCGUUGUUGUCGUUGCGUGGCUUCAACACACACACGCAGCCUUCGUCGAACAUAACAACUCAACGGUGCCGGGUUGACAAGUCACUCUCGCUUGUCUCUCUAACUUCUAACUUUAGACAUCCUUGAUUGAUCUAUAAAAUCUACCAAAUAUUUUACAUUACACCCCCUCGGAUAUCCCAAGUGCCUAGUUUGAUACCCUUCCAUCUUAAGGUUCGAGGGACUUCCGAACCAUUGCCCAGCUUUGAGCUCGGCAUAG